GGCAUUGUUCCGAGAGCUAGACAGGCCGCGUGGAGAAGUGUGUGUUUUUGUGUGAAAGAGGAUGGAUUGUUGAUGAAGGAGACGCCCUCGACGUGAAUGAGGAACAGCUGCGUGUGGUUUUUGAGUUGGGUUUCUCAGAUCCAGGAAUUUGCGACUAGCUUGUCGCGGCACGUGGAAGCUCUGAGAGCGAUUUCUGUGGUUUCCACGGAGAAGUGGAUGUCGAGGCGUGAUAAUUGUCGAAAUACAGUCACAUAGAUUCCCGGUUAGUCGGGGAUAGACGAGGAAGCGGAUAGUGAUCCCGUUCGUUGGUUCUUUGGAAGACAUCAACUACAUCGUGAGUAAAAUUUGUCAUUAGGUGUGUAAUUUCGACUUCCUCGCCGCUCUAAAGAGCCCAUUUUCAUGUGAAAUCGUUACUUGAGAGGGAAGUGGGUGAGCACUAUCAUCAUGGCACAGGUCGUAACACCGAAAGUGGAAAAGCCACAAGCAGCUUCAAAACUAUUGUAUAUUCUAGUACAAGAUGAUCCAGAGCCAGGAGCCAAGGAGGGAGAGCAAGGGCCGACCCACCGCUAUACGCGAGGGAUGCUUCAGAGUACUCUUCAGUUUAUGGGGUGCAAGGCUCGGCAUGCUACGAAGAUAAGUGAUCAGGUUUUUGAAGUGAUCAUGAGCCAAAUGCCUCCCAAGAAACCCAAGCGAGCCAGGUUCCCAGGUCUGGAUGAGGUGCCAAAAAAAGACGAGAAGCCAACAUUGUACGAUCCCAAAGGGUUCGUGGUUAGCCCCAAACCGCUAAAGAAGCGCUCUACAGCAACUGUACCCAGAGAAAAGUUCCUCGAUGUUGUUUGCGACGGGCUUAAGAAGUACAAAUAUCAUGGAGUCAAGCAGCGUAUGGAUCUCAUGGUCGCCUGCCGUAUUCGUGAGAAGAGAUCUUCUGUCACUGUUCUAUUGUGUGGAACAAGUGGGUGUGGCAAGUCGACAUUGGCGACACUGCUGGGACAAAGGCUUGGGGUGACCACAGUAGUAUCCACCGACUCUGUCCGGCACAUGAUGCGAGGUUUUAUUAGUGAGCAGGAAAACCCAUUGUUGUGGGCUUCCACUUACCAUGCUGGAGAAUUUCUGGAUUCCCAAGCUGUGGCAGAAGCAAUCCGUGUGAAGAGAGAGAAUAUGUUGGCAAAGCUUGCUCUCAAAACGGCUGCAGCAAACACAGAAACUCCUGAAGGCCCUAAUAACACUGGAGAUACAUCUGAGGGUAGUUCUCAUGAGUUGGAAGUCGCGAGUGAGUCGGUAGAUCCCAAGGUUAUGGCAAUUGAAGGAUAUAAAGCUCAAAGUGAAAUGGUAGUGGACAGUGUUGAUCGACUGAUUACAUCUUGGGAGUCGAGAAAGGAAUCUGUUGUCGUGGAGGGUGUUCACUUAAGUAUCAACUUCGUAAUGAAACUGAUGAAGAAACAUCCCUCGAUUAUUCCAUUCAUGGUGUACAUUGCCAAGGAAGAAAAACACAUGCAAAGAUUUGCUGUUCGUGCAAAACAGAUGACAACCGAUCCAACAAAAAAUAAGUACGUGAAGUACAUAAAAAACAUAAGAACCAUUCAAGACUACCUGUGCCGAGGGGCGGAUAAGCAUUUCGUUCCCAAGGUCAAUAACACGAACGUCGACAAGAGUGUGGCUGCAAUUCACUCCACCAUCUUCAACUGUCUGCGCCGCCGAGAGGCAGGAGAGUCCCUCUUCGACCCGAAAACAAAAUCAUCGAAAAUUAUUCACGAUGAGUAUAACAAACAGUUCGCCUCAUCAGCCUUGGGAUCCAAGAAUAUGUACAAGCUGAUUCAGCGCAAGAGUUCCUCACGCAAUCUGCUGGCCGUCGUAAGAUGUGAUGGAACAGUGGAGAAGGCAUGGCCGCUUGUUAUUCAGGUCGCAAGGCCUUCUCCAGGCAGUCUUUUCGAGUCUAGAGGUGUUGGUACGCCAAUGGUAGGACCGUUAUCGGUGGUUUCUUCUGAACCCGUGCGAUUAGCGUUUGGUGAGCUUGAUUUAAAUGAAUGGCUUAAAAAGGACCCCCGUAAGACCUCUGAACCUCAAGAACCCUCUUCAGCCGCCGUUCAGGAGGAGAAUGGAGCCGGAAGUAGCUCUUCGAAAACCCCUCUGAAUGAGAAAUCGAAGGACGCAGAGGUAUCAGGAAGUGAAGACGAGUACGAUGAGGAGGAAGAAGCGGUAAAGAAUCAAAAGGAAACUCCUGAAAACGAGAAGGAAGACAGCGAUGAGGAGGGAUCUGUUGAUGGUGGCAGUGAUCGUUCCGAAGGUGAAGAUGACUUCAUUGAAGGGGAGGAGGACGACGCAUACUGGGUCUACGACGAACCCACUCCCACCGCCACUGGAACUCCAGGUAGUAAAUCAGAGAGAAUGUCACGCUUGCGCUCGUUUGACAGGGCAGCGGCGGGGCGAGGCGCACCCGAAUUGCGCAAGGUGGUUUCAUACAACAGAGCCUCUUCCAAGAGGCAUCCUCCGAAGCGAACGUGAAGUUUGAUGACUCUUCACCGCUCUAGCGUGGUCCUUAUUGUGAGCUUUACUGUGACAUUUGUUGCGACGUUCGAUGAUUCAUUUACAUUCUCGCGAGAUUGCACUAGGCGCAUGUGGUAGUGAUUCUGCACAAGAUGCUACAUGUCCAUAGAAAAUACUCGCCGGCAUUUACAGGUUUUCUAUGAGUGAGAACCUUUCGUGAUUCUUUCGACUUGUUUCCUUUAACCUUCUAGAAUCUGGCCUGAAACACAAGUCUAAAUGAGGGUUUCAGAUUCCUCUACCGUUAAUAUUCUGUCUGAAUUGUUGCAUUCAUUCUUGCUUCGCAGCUCUCUCAGGAUAGAAAUCGAGUUUGUUUAUUUGUUUGUUUGCUUUCCUCCAAGAGUCUCGAAGUGUAAAUUUCUGUCUCCCACUGAAUUUGUCAGUGAUGAUCCUCUUAAUCGCACAUUAAUAGCUCUAUUGAUUGAGAGUUUUUGUUUGGAA